AUGGUGAUGGUGCAGACCACGGUGCUGGAGCUGAACGAAGUAAACUUUCCAACAGAUGAACAUCUGGGCAUCGGUGAAGACAGGCCACCAUCCCCCGUCAACGUGACUGUGACGCAGCUGAAGGCAAACUCUGCCACAGUCUCCUGGGACGUCCCAGAAGGCGAUGUGGUCAUCGGCUAUGCCAUCUUACAGCAGCGGCAAGACGGACAGAUGCAGCGGUUCAUCCGGGAGGUGAACACCACCAACCGGGCGUGCGUGCUGUGGGACUUGGCGGAGGAUGCUGAUUACAUCAUCCAGGUGCAGAGCAUCGGCCUGUACGGGGAGAGCCAGGCCAGUAAGCGUGUCCACUUCAGGACACUGAAGGAGACCGACCGCCUCCCUUCCAACAGCUCCAACCAAGGUGACAUCACCAUGGAAGGGCUGGACAAAGACAGGCAGCUGCAGACAGGCGAGAUUAUCAUCAUUGUGGCUGUCCUGCUCAUGUGGGCAGCGGUGAUCGCCCUCUUCUGCAGACAGUAUGACAUCAUCAAGGACAACGACUCCAACAACAACAAGGAAAAGACAAAGCCGUCCUCAGAGCACAGCACGCCAGAGCGACCGAGUGGAGGGCUGCUGCGGAGCAAGAAGAAGUCUCCCUCGGUCAAUAUAAUCGAGGUGUAA